AUGGCAGCCAAUGGCCUGGAAAGCAGCACCAGCCUGGGCACCAGCACUUUGAGUAGUACUGAUCUAAGGGACUUAGCAGUGCCAGCAGCUCUGUACCUGUCCUUGACGUUGGUAGACCUUUCUGUUCACUCUGUUGAAGAUAGACGCCUCAAGCUAAGGCUGGUGAAUGGCUGUGCCUACUACCUAGAACUAUGUGCUCCACCAGAGAAGCAGGCCCGUCUCUUCCAUCAGUGGAUGCAGCUCAUUGAUCGACUGAAAUCUCAUUCUCCAUAUCAGGAAUUUGAAAACCAACAGGAAAACAGAGCCAUCAUGAACACAACACUGAAGGAAAACAAAAAAUCAAAAGGAACUGCCAUAAACCAACAUGCCAAGAAAGAGCCAACAAAAAAGCAACUCAUUAAGAAAGCAUCUUCCAAGCAUGUCACUAUUUCUGACAUAGUGAUUCCUAUUGAAAAAGUUCGAGACACCCAAAGCCAACCCUAUGUCUCUAUGAAAAAAACUAGUGUACAGUCAAAGAAACAAGAUGUGUGUAGUAAAGAAUUAUCAAAGAAGACUGUCACAAAAAGUAAAUCAAGAGAACGUGGAUUUUUUUCCAUUUCAGAAAAAAGACUCCAAACUUCAGGAAUCCUAAAGAUCGUCAGUAAAACCGGAAUACCUUAUUACAAGUAA